CCCUCUCGAUUCCUGCGGUGGCGCAGAUGCCGACGAUCGCCUGCGGCGCCUGCGCGGCUGCCUCCCCCUCCUCCCGCCACGCCCCCAGCCACCCGUCGUCCCCCGGGAGCUUCGGGAAGCUCGUUCCGGUCGCCCCCAGGCGGCUCCCCGCUCCCAUGGCCUCUACCGUCGAUUCGCCGGGGUCCGCCGACUUCGCCAAGCGCAUGGACCGCGCCUGGCUCAUCUCUAAGCAACCAAGACCAAGUUCUUGUUCAUCUUGUCAAUCCACUGGUGAUGUGGAGUGCAAGUGGUGUGCAGGCACAGGCUUCUUUAUUCUUGGCAACAAUAUGUUGUGUGAAGUACCCUCGAAAAAUACAAGAUGUGUGAUUUGCUCUGGGAAGGGCUUUGCAAGGUGUGUCGAUUGCAAAGGAACUGGGUUUCGUGCGAAGUGGCUUGAAGAACCUCCUGUUGUCAACAAAUGAACAGUCAAAACUAUCAUACUGUAAACUUUACUAUAUAACAGUAAACUUGACAACUGUAUGUACCUCUGUCCAUAUUCCCCCGCUUGUAAAUGAUGGUAUGAUUAUCAUUUUUUUUAUUGCGCCGUCUCUCUUGAUCA